AAGUGAUGCUUUCGCCCCUGGCAACCUGAGAGCGCCGGAACCACAUGGGCUCCCUGCGACCGGUGGGGGGGCGGGGAAGCGAGAUUCCGGGCUGCUGAGGGGCCCAGCGGGAGUAUGGCGGCUACCCGCCCCGGCAGCGCCCCCGUGCGCUUCAAAUCCAACUAUGCUGUGUCUAGGAAAAUUGAGCCUUUCUACAAAGGAGGGAAAGUUCAGAUCAGCCGAGAUGGAAAACACAUGUUUUGUCCCUGUGGAACGAAACUAAAUAUAAUGGACAUAGCAACAGGAGCCCUUGUUCAUAGCAUCGAACAGGAUGAUCAAGAGGAUAUUACAUCAUUUGUUCUUAGCCCUGAUGAUGAGAUUCUUGUGACAGGAAGCCGGGCAUUGCUGUUAAAGCAGUGGGAAUGGCGACAGAACAAGUGUAGACGUACGUGGAAAGCAAUGCACACAGCACCAGUGGCCACCAUGAUCUUUGACCCCACUUCCACUUUGUUGGCCACAGGUGGCUGUGACAGCACCAUUAAGAUCUGGGAUGUAAUCAAACAGUACUGCACGCAUAACCUGAAAGGAUCUACGGGGGUUGUACACAUCGUUGAGUUCCAUCCCGAUAUCUCCCGCUUGCAGCUCUUCUCCUCCUCAAUGGACUAUAUAAUCCGGAUCUGGGACCUGAAAUCCAGCAAGUGUAUCGCCUCUCUCGACGGCCACUACAGUGCUGUCACCUCUCUGGCUUUUGCUGCAGAUAAAGACACGCUCAUCAGCUCUGGUCGUGAUAAAAUCUGUAUGGUAUGGGACCUGAAAACAAGAGAAGCCAAGAGGACCGUCCCUAUAUAUGAGAGCGUGGAAGCUGCAGUAUUGUUACCCGAGGGUGGAGAUUUCUCACACUUGGGUGUGAAGAAGCGAGGGCUUCACUUUCUCACAGCUGGCAGCAAAGGGAUCCUGCACAUCUGGGAAGCCGCCACAGCUGCCUGUGUGUACACCCAGCCCGUGCCCUACCAAUGUGUGGACGCCAAGGAGGAGGAAGAGGGCAGCACACACGGUCUGACACACUGCAUGCUGGUGCCUGAGAAAAAUGAGAUCGCAACUGUGACUGCUGAGCAUAAUAUCAUCUUCUACGAUGCCCAGACGCUUCAGCUCAGAAAGCAGUUUGCAGGUUACAACGAGGAGGUUCUGGAUGUGCGGUUCCUUGGCCCUGCUGACUCUCACAUUGUUGUGGCUACCAACAGCCCUCAGCUGAAAGUGUUUGAGCUGGCAACAUCGCACUGCCAGAUCCUGUACGGCCACACAGAAACCGUUCUGGCCCUGGAUGUCUUCAGAAAGGGCUUGAUGUUUUCUAGCUGUGCUAAGGACAGAAGCCUCCGGGUUUGGCGGAUGGAUAAAGCAGGCGAUGUGGUCUGCGUGGCCCAAGGAUUGGGUCAUGCCCAUGGAGUGGGUGCGCUCUCUUGCUCAAGAAUGAAAGAGAGCUUUGUAGUCACCAGCAGCCAAGACUGUACGAUCAAAGUCUGGAAUCUCCCAGAGUCCCUCACUGCCAAAACAAAAGCAGGCUUGGUCUCCAGCCCUGAAAUCCUUCAUGCCCACGUGACGGAGAGGGGUCACGACAAGGAUAUAAAUAGUGUGGCGGUUUCUCCAAAUGACAAACUGAUUGCCACCGGCUCACAGGACAGGACGGCCAAGCUGUGGUCCUGUCCUGAUUGCUCUCUGAUGGGCAUCUUCUCGGGACACACGCGUGGGAUCUGGUGCGUGCAGUUUUCUCCUGUGGAUCAAGUCUUGGCCACCUCCUCAGCAGAUGGCACUGUGAAGCUGUGGGGUCUUCAUGACUUCAGCUGUCUGAAGACUUUUGAAGGUCACGACGCCUCUGUGCUGAAGAUAGUUUUCGUGAGCCGGGGGACACAGCUGCUUAGUAGCGGUUCCGAUGGGCUCUUGAAACUUUGGACGAUUAAAACAAAUGAGUGUGUGAAAACCUUAGACGGUCAUGAAGAUAAAGUGUGGGGUCUCCACUGUAACAAACAGGAUGACCUGGUCGUGACAGCAUCCAGCGAUUCCUGUGUCAUCCUGUGGAAGGAUGUUACUGAAAUUGAACUGGAAGAGGAGCAAGCUAAGCAAGAGGAGCAGAUUAUGAAAGAUCAAGAGCUUUCCAACCUGCUCCAUGAGAAAAAAUACCUGAAAGCUUUAGGGCUGGCAAUCUCUUUGGAUCGGCCACACACGGUGCUGACAGUGAUCAAGGUUAUCCUUAAGGAAACCAAUGGGAAAGAGAACUUAGAAAAGAACAUCCUUAGACUGCGGAAGGAUCAGAAAGAGUCAAUGUUGAAGUUUUUGGUGACAUGGAACACAAACUCUCGAAACUGCCAUGAGGCUCAGGCUGUCCUUGAAACCCUCCUAAAGCACGAAGCGCCAGAGUGUCUCCUGCAGUAUGAAGGGAUUAAAACUGCUGUGGAAUCCCUUCUGCCUUACACCGAGCGCCAUUUCCAGAGACUCGGCCGCUUAUUGCAAGCCUCCAUGUUCAUCGAUUUCAUGUGGCAAAAUAUGAGACUAGCAGAUGUGUCAAAAUGGGAAGAGGACAUGAGUCUGUGACCUUUUAUAUGCUGUUUGCAGUAUACUGAGGGGAAUGACUGGCGAGCCAAGGACACGCACACUGACUGCAGUGCCGGACGCUAACAUUAGUUGGCUUCCCCCCCACCCUCCCAAGUUGCAGUUUGAGUAUUUUUGUAAUAAAUAUUUCCAGUUUGAUUUUAUAAA